CGGACUUUAUUUUCCCCCUCCUCCCUCCCCACACCCACGUAAAUCAGUUAUUCGAUAGCACCGCCAUCGUCCGACCCUCGGCUUCCUUUCCUGUUCCAAGACAAAUAAAUCCUCUAACUGUCUUGUGUAUGGGCGCCUGCAGCUUCUUGAUCAGAUCGCCUCUGGUCUUCUUGGACGAGACCAUGCUUGAUUGCCUCUGCUAGACGGCCGGAUGGAAAACGCCUGAUUGAUUAUCUGAUCCUUUGAUCGCCUCGCCACCAACAAAUCUCCAUCAUGUUGCUGUACACUCGACUCGCACCGCCCAAGGUCCCCAAAAAGCGCUCGCGCGCAGGAUGUAGUUAUUGCAAAGAAAAGAAGAAGAAAUGCAACGAAAUUCGACCUGCCUGCGCGCGAUGCCAGGAACGCGGCCAAGAGUGCGUUUACGAACCCGUUCGCCCUCGACAGCGGCGCAAGCGUGAGACCACCGCUUUCUCCCCUUUCGACACCAACUCCUCCUCUGGUUCAGACCGAGCUCAGCCCUUGGAUUGCGACGUUCCAAUCCGGCAAUGGAAAGAGGAUGGUCAGGAUAAAUCGGCCGACGAGGACUCGCUGGACGAGGAGGUUCCCAUUGUGACGCAGCCACCCGUCUCCAGCGAUCUCCCUCUGAAGGCCUCCCUCGUUAAUCCCAUGGAUAACCUCCUGGGUUGGAGCCCUGGAGACCUGCCAGUCGUGUCCCCGAUUGACUCGAUCGAUUUCCAAUUGCCUGUAUUUGACGAUUCAGGCAUUGCCGUUCAACACAUUGAGAACAGCGAGGAGGAGGAUGUCGAGGAGGUAAUCCGUCGCGAAUCCAUCAUCAGCAUUCCUACUACGACCUACGCUGCGACCUACUCCAAUGCGUACGCGCCUCAAAGCCCCUCUCUGGCCCUCAUUGCGCCUGUCACAGCGCCGUCUCCACGAUUCGAAUUUUAUUCUCCGAUAUUCUCCGAGUUCUCCGACCGUACCAACAGGCGCGCCCUGGUAGACCACUUCUGCAAUGUCUUGUCACAUCUCAUUGUUUUCCGGGAGGAGCGCGGGAAUCCUUUCCAGCAGCUUGUUCUCCCGCUCUGCCAGGACAGCCAGGCCGUUACAAACGCCGUAUUUGCUCUAGCAAGCGCUCACUUGGAAUAUCGGGGUGUCACCAAUGACGAAAAGAGCGUUUAUUUCCACAACAAGGCCAUUCAAGGCCUUGCGCGGUUGAUCCAAAAGGGAGCAGGAGUUAAUCGAAAUGAACUCUUGGCAGCCAUCAUGCUUCUGGUUUACUACGAAGUGUUGGUUCAGAAAGGCCGAUCAAACAUUGUCGAUGGCCAUCUCAAAGGUGCCAUGACCAUCAUGAGCCACAAUGAAGCAGCCACUGAUCCCACGGGCAUCUUUUUGGAACGAGCGUUCCGCUUCUAUGAUGUGAUCGCAGCACUCUCAUUUGGCACCGCUCCCCUCGGCAGUGCCCCAGGAGCCAACUACCUUACACCGUUCCCUCCUCUCGAUUCAGGUGGUGAUAUGUCUCCUCUCAACAGCGUCGACACUCUACUUGGAAUGGCUACUUCCCUCUGGCCUAUUAUUCAUCGCCUCUCGAACCUCCUUGCUCUCAAGGAUCAACUCGAUGCUGCUGUUACGAACGGAGAAGUGAGCAAGGUUGCGGUUCUCCGGACGGAAUUCGAAAUCUCGGCGUCAGCUAUCGAAUCCGCUCUUGAAGAAUGGCAUCCUGCUCUGCCUGAAGGCUCAGUCCUCGGCCAAAACCCCGAGGAAUUGACUCCUGAGCAGACGACAGAAAGGAGUCGACUACAGAGCAUCCUCAGCAACGCUCUUUCUUACCGUCAUUCUGCCUUUGUCUACCUCUACCGCACCAUCUAUAGCUACCCACGCAACCACCCGCUCGUCCAACGCCACACUCACAUUAGUCUCACUCACUGUGUGGGAACCGUCAGCAAUACCGGCCCGAUGAGCGCCCUUCUCUGGCCACUCUUUGUGGCAGCUUGUGAGGCUACCACACUUGCUGACCGUGACCUGGCACGUCAAACCUUUAUCGCCAUCAACCGUCGGCAGGGUAUGACAAAUAUUGAGCGUGCGUGGACAAUCGCGCAGGAGGUAUGGCGGCGUGCGGACAAGACCGAGAUGAUGCAUCAGCAAGAGGAGGCGACAGCCAUGGGCGUCAGGAGCGGCGGAGAUCUAUGGAGGAGAGUGAGCGCUGACAUGGGGGUAACGAUUGUUUUUGGAUAAGCAAGCAGCGAGUCGGGGAUGCUUUUAAGGGUGGCGGACUGGUGAUACCCAUCCAGCGAAUUCACAAGCUGGACACUUUGGAGUUGAAGGAAACGGACCGAUACAGGUUUAAAAGCUAUGAAAUGAUGGAAUGGCGUUGGAUAUGUAGGGUCGAGGCUCUACCAAUGAAGCGAAUAGGAAGGCUAUCUGAUUUAGCUUGUAUGUAUGUACAAACUGGCGGCAACAAGUCCAGCUAUGGAAUAUAUUGUCUUGCUUUGUA